UCAUUCUAUCUUCUUUAUUAAGCCAAUUGCUCUCUCCUAAUAUAAACUCCAUUUAUCUCUUCAACUCUUUCCAUUUCUCUCAUGUGAUCAUUUCUAUCUUCUUUUUAUUAUUAAUUACUGGUUUUUUCUUCCAACAUAAAUAAAUAAGGGAAGCAUGAAGGAGAGAUCCAUGGAGAAGUUUGUAGUUUUUCCAUUCUCUUUAGGGUGUGUUUCUGAAUCAAGUGUUCCAGUUGCCAAUACCAACACAAAGAAUUCAGAACUAAAUCAGGUCCCAACAAAAAGACAAGUAGGAGAAGAUAGUCCAUCAAAAGUGAAAAUCAAUGGUUUUUUGGUGAGACAACGAAUUUCUCAAGGAGUGCACACAUUGAAAAGGAAUUUCAAAGGUUUCUAUCAAUUAUUUGUGUACAAAGAAGAGAUUGAAGAAAUGGAGAUGGAAAUAGGGUAUCCAACAGAUGUGAAGCAUGUAACACAUAUAGGAUGGGAUGGAUCUACCAAAAUUAAUCCAAUGAUCAAAGGCUGGGAUAAUUCAAAGGAACCAGAUUUACUUUCUUUUCCCUCAAUUUCUAUUCAACAAUUUCAACUUGCUAUGACUUCGCAAGCUGGUGGAUCAUCUAGGUUUUAGUAGUUGCAACUAAUUUUCAUUGACUUUUUAUGUAACUUUUUUUUUUCUGUUUCGUUUGAUAUCGAUCAACUAAAUUCAAGUAUGCGCGGAAAAAGUCUUAAGACAAUUUUAUAACUAGAGCUCGAAUUUGAGAUCCGCGAUUAAGUAUGAAAGAGUCCAUUAUUUUUUGUUGGUA